AUGUGUCGUUGGAAAUCAACACUUACUCCUAAUUCUCAUGAUAUUGCUGAAGUCUUGGAUGACCUACAACUCCAAGUUCAUUGCUCAUUGACAGCUUCUCUCGAUGAGACUGAACAACAAUAUGUGAAAUUAUUCGUUCACGGAACUAGAAGAGAAGAUCCAAUAUUAGAUGUUUAUCUCUACGAGGAUGGAGACUACCCAGAUGUUGGUGAUGCAGAACUAGAUGAUGAUUUAGAUCCACCGCAAAGACAAAGGGAGAGAGUCUCUCCGAAUUUACUUGAAGAAGAUAGCAUUAAUCUUUUAAACUGCCUUAGCCCAGCGAAUAAUUCAAUGUAUAUCGAGAAUCCAUUAUGUGGAAACAAAAGUACUUUUUCCAACUCUUCAAAAAUACAUAGUUACUUUGUAGUUGGGAACAUGUUGGUAUCUGAUUUGGAAGAAUCGUGCACCGUUGACAUGGUGGCUUGGGCCUCAUCGGACAUUCCUUUGCAAGAAAACACUUCCUAUUCAGCCAUUCAUGACUUUCUGGCAUUCGGGUUUGAGCUCACUUGGUAUUGUGCCUUGUGUAGAGAAUGUUAUGCAAGUAAAGGCACUUGCAUUGCUGAGGACAAUCAAAUUCGCUGCCGCCAUUACUGUUAUGAAGACACCCCUCUUUCAGAACGUACUUUUCGCUGCAAAUUGGAAUACUAUGCACCUAAGUGUUCCUUUUAUAUUUCUCAUUGUUCUCCCUGUGAUUGGAGCAAUAAUAGCACCAAAAUUGUUAUGUGGCUUACCAUUCGUACUAGGAUUGAUAGUGUAUAA